GAAGACAUUGUUGGUCGUUGUCAGCAACCAACGUACACAAUCACACUGCACGAAUUGUACCGUACAGUCAUUCUAAGCGCUAAAAAGUCGAUCAAUUUAGUUAAUGUACAGCGUUUUACGUGGCGUCUUUGUGAAUGUGGUGCCAUUAUUAACCCUGCUGCUGUAUUGUUGAGUUUUAAGAGGUGCUAUGAAUCUCGGAGAUGGUCUACUGUUUGAACUGGAAAAUGGAAAACCUAAGUUAAUUUUACUAAGUCAUGGUGUAGAAAAGAGCCACACAAGGCCUCUCUUCAGGCCCAGAGCUGCUAACAUCUUGAGCUCCAGGCAGCCAUCCUGUCUGGAGGAGUUGCAGGUAGAGGAGCCUCCAUCAUGGCAACAGACAGGGAGACGUAAAGAGGCCCAAAUAAAGACCGUAGUGCCAGCCGCCAGAGAAAGAAGCAGCAUUUUGACACCAUCAUCAUCAAAGACGUGUGACAAUCACAACGGCAGAAUUAUUAAAGCGGUGACCAGGGUGAAAUCAGACCGACAGAAACAGAGCUCAGCUCCUGGAUCAUCGAGGUCCAAUAAAAGAUCAGGAAAGUCUCAGAACACUGACAUGCACAUCGGUGGAAGUGUGGGACCAAAAGAUAAAUUGUCCACUGGAGACACCGGACACAAAGAAAGUGUGGUGGUUUUGACAACUGAGCAGCUACAGAAGAUUGUCAGUUCUAUCCAGACCUCAAAUCAGUCCCAGCAGUCAGUGGAGGAGAAACCGCAGGGUUUGCAAUCUUCCCUAUUAAAUGGAGGAGAUGAGGGAGGGGAGAUGGAGGAGGAAGAGAGAGGAGGAGGAGAAGAAAUGAAGAAGGGAGACAAUGGAGGUGGAGGAAAUGACUCUCAUGAAACAGAGAGCAGGUUGUCAGGCUGUUUGUUCAGCUGGUUGGAGGAGCGACAGUUUGACUGCAGGUCAACCAUCAAAAACAAGAAGGCUCAGUGGAGAAAAGAACUUGAUGAACAGGUGGCGCUAAAACAGCAACAGAAACGUUCAGCUCCAGACAGAUCGCAAUUUGACGAGAACCCAAGGAGUGUGUUAUCGUCUCACAGCUCCCUGAACCAAAGAGAGCCGCCUGCAGCCAUCAGAUCCAGCCUCAAACUCGGGGACAUUACGCCUGUGGAGGAAGUGCUGAGCACUGAGAGGAGAGAAGAGCAGAGGAGACGCUGGCUGGAAGAGCUGGAUCGGCAGAGGGAGGAAACAGCUGAACGUAGGAGACGAGAAAAAGUGCUCCAGAGUCAGGCAGAAGACUCUGAUCUCUGGAACACUCACUUUGACUCACUGCAGAGGAGGCCUCCCCUCCACUCCACAGCUCCGUCCGCUCUGUCCGCUCCACCUCUCGCUCCUUCCUGCAUGUCAGAGCGAGGAGAGUGGGAGCCUUCAUCCAGCCUUUCCUUGGUCUGGGAGGCCACAAGCAGCUGUGGAGCUGAGAGCGUUGCAGACGUCAGUGUAGAUAUGACUAGCAAAUACCCAAGCAGAGCCAGCUACUUGCGGACCAUGACGGCUCUGCUGGACCCUGCACAGAUAGAAGAACGAGAGAGGAGGAGGCAGAAACAGCUGGAGCAGCAGCGAGUGAUUGAAGCCCAGGUGGAAGAGCGCAGGCGGCAGAAGGAGCAAGAGCUGGCGAGGAGGAGGCAGGAGGAGGAAGAGGAAGCGAGGAGGAUAGCACUGGAGAGGGAGAUGCUACGGAGACAGUAUGAGCUGGACACGACAAGAGAAAGCCAGAAGGAGGAACAGAGUCAGUUGGCAGAUCAGUCAGGAGGUAACCAGAGUGAUGACAGAGUGCAGGAGACCUUGGAGUCCACUGUGAUGCGAGAGAGACAGCAUUUGGAGGAGGAUGUGAGAAGUUCAGACCCUCCGUACAAAGACACUGCAGUACAGACAGAUGCAGCUGCUUUUUCUGGGAUCAGAGAAGAAAGCGGUCACACUGCUAAGGUCUCUGCACAGCUCCAGUCACACGCUGCUCCAACAAACGGUAAGAACGCAGCCCUGAAGAUGGGCAAGGAGAACAUCUGUCAGCCAGGAGGAGGGGACCCAUACGAACAGUUUGCAAGAACGGACAGGAGCAAGAAGGACAAGAAGCGGCCUGAGUGGAACACACAAAAGCCCAGCCGUCGUUUUGUUCCUGCCUCCGAACGUUACCCAGCCACUCUGCAGAGGAACAGACUGGACAGUCGACUGAAGCGUCAGGCUGAGCUCAAAGCCCUGCAGGAGAGGACAUGUACGGCCAGAACGGAGCCUCCUGCCGCUCCUGCUCCUCAGCACAACCACCCUCGUCUGUGCUCCAGCAGCACGCAGGCCAGAAAAGGACCCAACAGUAAGAUUGAGAAUAGACAGAACUCUUCUUCAGACAGCAGCAGUGAAAGGCACCGACUGCAGAGACAACAGGCUGCGGAUCCUCUUCCUCCUCUGGUCCAAGAGUUUGUUCCCUUCAUUAGAACGGAUGAAGUCACGCUGGACCCUCUUGAGGCUGAUGCCAACCUGUCACCACAGACACACACUGACACAGACGCUCCUCUCCCCCUUCCUCCUCCUCUGAGGUCAGAGUCUCCUCCCGCCUCCUCACACCCAGACUCGGAGCGGCAGCUUUGUAAAACGCACACGCAGCGACAGCAGGAGAUCCUGAGAGGCCUGGCUCAGCUGCGGAAGGGUUUGUUACAGAAGCAGAGGGAGUUGGAGACAGAUCUGAACCCUAUGUUUAAGAAGCCGUAGUCGCCAUCAGUAGGACCUGCAGACCCCAUGUCUAACCCACUGACGGAAAUGGGUGACAUGUGACUUUGGUGUGUAACAGUGUCCCAAGUUAAUGCAAAGCAUUAAUGGGAUCUGAUAGUUUUUGUUUUUGCACACACUUACAGUGGACUGGUGUUCUGUCACACAGUGAAUGGUUUAAGUGAAAAACUAGUCUGGAUUAACCACUUUAAGAAACCACUUUAGCUGGCAGGAAGUGGAGCUGGUAGUUUCAGGAAGAUGGGGUGUUAAACUGAUUGUAUGAAGUCUGUGGAAUUUUAUUUUCAAUUACAUUUUAAUUUUGGUUUCAAUGCACUUACUGGGAGACGCUUCUUCUCUAAAAUCUGGGUUUGUUUCCUAAAGCUUCCUGCAGGUCCAGGAGCCUAGUGCAUGAAGUACGGUUUCUGUUCAUCUUACCGUUAUUUAUUUUGCAUGUAAUAAAUGAAUGUCAAUAAUAAUUGGACACUUUGAAUAAAACUGCUUUUGUGUAAAUGUUUACUAAAAAAAUAAAAUCAAUUUAAAAAAUUUAAAAAAUAUAGUUAAGGAUAAGUUUGGUGAGUUUUAUUUCCAGAGUCUAGAUCAGCGAU